GACCGCGUCAGCUGAUGGCCGGGCCGGCUCGCCAUUGGUGGGCGCUCCAGGGGCGGGAGCGAGGCCGUUACAAAACGCCGCGCCGCGCGCGCGUUCCGUAACAGGGUGGGAGGGGCGGGGCUGGCGCCGGGUGGACUGGGCGUGAGUCAGGCGGGGGGCGGGCUCGCGUGGGUGGGCGCGUGCGGCCGUUAGGGAGCGAGCGUUGGGUAUCGCCCACAGCCCUGUUCCCUCGCGGAGGGGAGCGGGAUGGGGGGUGCGGGCGGCUGCUGGAGAAGGGGUCGGUCCCGUGGCCUCGGGUUGCGGCUCCUAUAGGCGCUGCCGCUCCUCGGAGCGUCUCCAGCUCCGGAAGAGAAUCUUGGACUGAUUGGACUUCUUCCUUCUGCUAUUGUUGCCUGGUGCUUUUCAUGCUAGUGGUUGCUCUGUCAUGGCCUAAAAGCUCCAUGCGUGACCCAAAGAGAAUAAUGUUGAUUUCUCCUGUGUGAUGACACUGAGUAGAACAACAUUUUGCUUCAAAAGAGAUGUCUGAAAGUCUUCAGAAAGUGAGUUGCAUGGGAUGGAACAUGAGGCUACCCAGCUAGAAAAGCAGCAUGUGCAUAGUGUGUAUGAAAAUACAGCUGCCUACUUUAAUGAUCUGCAGAGCAAAGCAUGGCCUCGUGUGAGAAACUUUCUGUUGGAGCAAAAGCCUGGCAGUCUCGUUGCUGACAUAGGUUGUGGAACUGGAAAAUAUCUCAGUGUCAACAGUCAGGUGUACAAUCUUGGCUGUGAUUACUGUGGACCAUUGGUAGAAAUCGCAAGGAAGAGAGGUGAAGAAGUCCUGGUUUGUGACAACCUUAACCUUCCUUUUAGGGACCAGUGCUUCAAUGCAGUCAUUUCCAUUGGAGUGAUCCAUCAUUUCUCAACUAAACAAAGAAGAAUCAGAGCAAUAAAGGAAAUGGCGAGAGUACUGAUGCCUGGAGGCCAGAUGAUGGUUUAUGUUUGGGCUAUGGAACAAAAGAAUCGUCACUUUGAGAAACAAGAUGUAUUUGUUCCCUGGAACAAGGCUUUGUGCUCACGGCAUUUUUCAGAAUCGAAUCAAUCUGGAGAUAAGGGAGAGUUUGUGCAUGCAGUAAAAAGCCAAGAUAUGUACCCUGCAGAGGUACUGAGCUCUGAUUACAGCUACCAAACCAAUCUACAACCAGAAACUGAUUCAAAACAACCCCACAGUACAGACCAUUGCUUAUCCAGAGCCUGCUGCAUGAAAAUUUCUGAAGAAGAAAAUAGAUUUUACAGUGCUCUCGGAAGAUCUUUCCGUUCAUGGUUUUUCUCCAGAUCCCUUGAUGAAUCAGCCCUCAGAAAGCAAACUGAAAAGUUGAGGCCUCUGAAGAAUGAAGGAGAAUGGACAAACAGUACCGUGCCUAUUCAGCAGUCACGACACUGCAGUUUGGAUUUAGGUCAUCACAGGGCACUGCUAAAAGAACAGUGUUUAGAUGAUGAUGAUGUGUUUGUAGAAAGCUCACCUAUCAAAAAACUGCCAUGGUCACAAGCCAUACAUGCACUGAAGGAUGUGAGUUUAAAUGGAGGACACCAAAGUGCAGCUCGGAGCAAGGAUGAAGAAGCUGCAUUUAUAAAUGGCCCACUGGAAGACGAGGACCACAGCUGCAGUUGUAAUAAAGAUGAUGCUGUUAAGUCUAAUGCCAGCAAGUUUUUCAAAAGAACUUCAACAACUGACUCCACUGACUCUGCUUUGGAUUCAGCAGUGUCUGUUGGGGACCAAAGCAAUGACACACUGGAUACAAAAGCCUUCAUGCGCUAUUAUCAUGUUUUUCGGGAAGGGGAGCUUUGCUCUCUGAUAGAAGAGAAUGUGCCUGAGCUUCUGAUACUUUCUUCCUGCUAUGACCAUGGAAACUGGUGCAUUAUUGCAGAGAAGAGAGGACAAUAGCUGUAAACAGGACGAAACAAUGUAGUGACUGAGGAUUUUAAGCUGCUCCUUGUGUUCCUGUGACUGUACAGUGUGACAUGGAAUUUGAAUCCCUUGUAGUCAUGUGCCAUUCAUUCCUGAGUUUAUUACAUAUGUAAAUAUCUAAUGCAAAGCCUGUAUAUAGGAAUGUAAGUGGCAAACGAUACUUAUGUUUUGUCAAACUUUUAUGAAGUUAAAAAUGAAGAGUUUUAUAUUGCUUUUAGCAAACAAUUGUGUUUUUAAAUAUACUUUUCUAUUGAAAAAUAAAACUUUUUUAUAAGACAAGGAAAGGAUCAGGACAUCUUUUAU